AAUCAAUCAUUUUCUGUGCUCAAGCUACAAUUUCAUGAGAGAAUGAGUUUGGAUGCGUAGAGUGAAGCAGAGAUUCUCUCUUUCUUUCCUGGUUCCGAUUUCUCAAUGUUACAGUUUUAUUGAUUCUUGGAUAGCGGAAUCAAAUCAUCAAUUGCGGGGAGACUAAUCUGGGACAGGAGGAUGUUUUUUAUCGCUCUGCCUUUGUACUUGAAAUUGUAAUAUCCAGCGCCACUACAGAAUACAUGGGUGGAUUUGAUGAUCAUGCUCGCAUGAUGGGAGAUUGGAUGCCGGCUAGUCCAAGUCCAAGGGCAUUUUUCUCUUCAAUCCUAGGUGCUGAUCAUGGGUCAAGGUCAACUACUGACCUGGAGGAUGAAAAUAAAACUGGAGCUCCUAUUUCAGACCCCGAAGGGCAUGCAUCGUCAAGGUAUAGUGAUUUGAAGUGCACCGCACAAGCUGGUGAGCAAGGAGUUAUGUUGAGUUCACUCUCUGAGCAGAAAGUGAGUUGCCGUGGAGGUCUAUUGGAAAGAAUCGCAGCUAGGGCUGGAUUCAAUGCCCCAAGGCUAAACACGGAAAGUAUUCGUCCUGCUGAUCAUUCACAGACCCAAGCAGUUCGGUCUCCCUACUUGACAAUUCCUCCUGGUCUCAGUCCAACUACCCUGCUAGAUUCUCCUGUUUUUGUCUCAAAUUCACUGGUACAGCCAUCUCCGACAACAGGAAAAUUUUCAUUUCCCUCAUCAGGUGAUGUUCCGAAUUCAGCAUUCUUUAGGGAGGCUCCUGAUCAAAGGAAAGACAGGUCAUUUGACUGCAAUGAUACGUCAUCCUUCACUUUCAAACCAAUCAUGCCAACUGGGGCUUCCAUAUUUCCUGGCACAUCUAACAAAGUANCCCCCCCCACUACUACCACAAAAAAACACCAAAACUCUCCCUAAUCUCUUUCAUAACUUGUUUAUGCUUCAGUUACAGGUACCUCCAUCCAGUUUAGUACAUCAAUCUUUUCCCAGUCUUCAGAGUUCAGUCCAAUCAGAAAGCUCUCAUGUCCCCCCAAAUGUAGAUACUCAAGUAUAUUCUCAGAAUGGAACAUUCCAACAGCAUAGUUUCUCCAGAUCAUCUACUGAGAAACAUAAUGCGUGUCAUGAUGCCACACCUCAGUCGAUAACUCUUAAUAUAGGUGCAGGCAGCAUGGAGCAUUCUUCCCUUCCUGAUGAGCUGCAGUAUGAGGAUACUGAUCAAAAAGGGUUUGGAGAUCCCAACAUUCUUGGUGGGUCCCCAGCUGAGGAUGGUUAUAACUGGAGAAAAUAUGGGCAGAAACAAGUGAAAGGAAGUGAGUAUCCACGGAGUUACUACAAGUGCACCCAUACAAACUGUCCAGUCAAGAAGAAAGUGGAGCAGUCUCAAGAGGGUCACAUUACAGAGAUAAUCUACAAAGGAGCCCACAAUCACCCAAAACCGAAUAGAAGAUCUGCACUUGGAUCCUCAAAUGGACUCAGCGACAUGCAAAUAGAAAAUACAACAGAACAAACUAGAAGCGGAGGUAAUUGUGAUUUGCUUGGUUGGAGGAAUGACAAUCUUGAAGCAACAACAUCUGCACCUUUGGGCUCAGAAUAUUGCAACGGGUCUUCACUACAGGCCCUGAAUGGCACCCAGUUUGAAUCAGGUGAUCCAGUAGACAAGUCUUCUACUUUUUCAAAUGAUGAAGAUGAAGAUGACUGUGGAACACAUGGAAGUGUAUCACUCGGUUAUGAUGGUGGCGAAGGGGAUGAGUCUGAUUCAAAAAGAAGGAAGGUUGAGACUUAUGCAUCUGACGUGACUGGGGCAACCAGAGCCAUCAGAGAGCCCAGAGUGGUGGUACAGACUACCAGUGAGGUGGACAUACUUGAUGAUGGGUAUCGUUGGCGUAAGUACGGGCAAAAGGUUGUCAAGGGGAAUCCAAAUCCAAGGAGUUACUACAAGUGCACAAGUGCUGGUUGCACUGUCAGGAAACAUGUGGAGAGGGCUUGUCAUGAUCUCAAGUCAGUGAUAACCACCUACGAAGGGAAGCACAACCAUGAUGUUCCUGCGGCACGCAACAGCAGUCAUGUUAAUUCUGGAGUUUCAAACAGCAUACCCUCACAUGCAACUCCUCCCACCCAAGCCCAUUUGCACAGGCCCACCCCCUCGCAACUCCAUAACGCCAUGCCAAGGUUUGAAGCGCCCUUUUCACUGGCUUCAUUCGGGCUGCCCGGGAGGACACAGCCGGGUGCUACCCCAGGUUUUGGUCUUGGGAUAAACCCUCAAGGCUUAACCAAUAUGGUAAUGGCCAGAUUUGGAGCUAACCAGGGAAAAUUUCUUGGUCUUCCUGUUCAUCCAUAUCUUGGACAACAACAUCCAGGGAAUGAAAUGAGCUUUAUGCUCUCCAAGGGAGAGCCAAAGGUGGAGCCUGUCUCUGACCCCCAUGUCUUGAACAUCUCUAAUAGCUCUUCAGUUUCUCAACAAGUCAUGAGUGGGUUAUCCCUUGGACCUCAUAUGUAAGUUAACAAUCUUUGGCUCUCAAAUGAGAAGAAAUGUUGAGUAUAUCCAAUUGUGCUUUCCUAUUUAUUUGGUUAUAUAGAGCAUUCUUUGUCCCUUUGAUGUUCCAACUUAUUGAACCUUGUGUUUUCGCUUGCUCACUUUGUACACAAUUU